AUGAAAUCGUUUCAACUGCUGACUUUUGUAAUUGCCGCUGUCAUUUCCAUGACAUUUGCCAAAUCCUCUGCAUGCUUCCAGCCAAGUUCGAUAGUUGGUAUUUGCCGGGCCAAGAUACCAUCAUGGUCCUACAAUAGCCAGAGUAACUCUUGUGAAUUCUUUAAUUAUGGCGGAUGUCAAGGCAAUGCCAAUCGUUUCCCGUCAAAAGCUGCGUGUGAACCUGCUGUUAUGGCUGUAAUUUUAACAGAAGAUGGAAACUCUCUCUGUGCUCUGCCACCUUCCCGUACGGGAAUGUGUCGUGCCCGUAUUCCAGCCUGGUCUUUUAACGGUGAAACGGAGCAGUGUGAGAAAUUUAUAUUUGGCGGUUGUGGUGGUAAUCUAAAUCGUUUUGCGUCCCAGUCAAGAUGUGAAGAGCAGUGUUUGGAAAAUGUGAAAACAUACAGUGCCACUGAAAUAGCACCAAUCGAGGAAGAAAUUAAUUAA